AUGGGUACCUGGACUGACCUGGACUGUUGCGCCACUGAGGCUGGAGAUAAUACAGACCAAGGGGCAUGCCGCAGAACGGUUCCUUCACUGACUGGCCUUGCGGAUGCGGAGGAGCCCAUGCGCACCUUCGAUUGCGAUGUGGACGUCGUGGACGGGGAGCCAAUGAAGGAGAAUCCGGACGCGCUCGGAGGAGACCUGCGCGGGGCGCAAUUUGUCACAGAAUCUCUCAUAGUCCGACGGGAGCCGCGAGGAUUUCAUAGCCGACUGGAGCAAAGUGCACAUUUGGCCCUUGACGACGAGAUCGCGCGUGCAGUCCCGUUGCCGACCACGUUGCGUGCGUUUGGGUAUCUUUGGCGACUACGUCCGAACAAGAUGAGCCAGGACGAGCUAUUGAAGCUAUGGCAGUAUUCCAAGAAAGCAAACUCAUUCGAUGCUUUUGUGUCUCACACCUGGUGGACACCGGGAUAUCAGAAGUUUAUUUCUUUGUUACUCCGCUCCUACUGGCACUAUGCCGUAGUUGCUAUGAUUGCGACGAGUGUGGUGAUCAUGAUCAUGUACAGGCUGGACAUCUUGCCCAUGCCUUUGAGAUUUGCAUCACCGUUCAGACUGUUCCCCAAAACCGUUCCCUGUGGGCCGUGGGCGACACUGUUCGCAUUCAUAAUCUCACUCUUUGCCCUGCUUUGUGCUCCUUUCCUGCCCUGCCAGAGCUUCGAUAUUUUCUUCGAUGCUGCAUGCAUUCACCAAACGGAUCCGGUGAUGCGCGAACGAGGCAUAUAUGGCAUCGGCGGCUACCUGACCGUAUCCAAAGAGCUACGCAUUUUGUGGUCGGUGCCUUACUUGACUAGAUUGUGGUGCAUAUUCGAGCUCGCUGGAUACCGAAGGGCCAAUCCGAAAGGCAAGAUCGUUUUCCAGCCUCUGAAGGUCGAACGUGACUUCUGCGUUCUUUGGGCCUGCGUUUACUUGUUCUCCUGCGUGUUCCAUAUCAUGAACACCGGCUCCGCUUUGAGGGGCUUGUUCGUCAUCUCCGCCCUCCUAGCUGUUUCUGCCCUGAUUCCAAGCGUCCACGCAAUUCGGAAAGGCUUCCAAGAGCAAGAGCACAGCCUUCAGGGCAUGGCAAACUUUGACCUUGAGCUCGUUUCGUGUUCCAGUGAUUUCGACAAGCAGUUUAUUCUCGGGGCGGUGAGCCAGUGGUAUGGCAGCGCCGAUGCAUUCACACAGUAUGUUCGCGGGCCUUUGCGGGAUGAGCUGGUACAAGUGGUCGCCGAGAUGCAGGCUCCCGUGUCGUACUGCUUACUGUCAUGCUCACCGCUGGCGGGAAUUUAUGCGGACGUUCUGGGGGCGCUGUGGCUCGGAGGAGCCCCCAGUCAAGUAAUGUUGGCCUACCUGAUGGGAGAGAUGCUGUCGACCUUGUUGUUAGUCAUGGCUCAAUUCAAGAUCUUGUUCAUCCUCGCGAAGUACUAUACUCAGCCCCGGUUUGGAAGUCGCACCAUGGACUACGUGCAGACUUGUGGUGUGUCGCUUGUCUUCCUCAUGCCCGUUGCUGUCUCGUGGCCCAAAAAUCAAGCUUUCUAUGCUUUUGGCGUUCCCGGUGCUGCGGCGGUCCUCGUCGUCUCAGUCGUGCUCUUCAUUGCCAUUUUCUUUCGCGACUUCAAGCGGUUAUGGAGUUGUUUCAGGGCGUGGCCUUGA